UUUCCAAUGACCCAAGCUGCUCUUCCUUCUUUCCCUCGUUGGCUCAGUAGCGCAGUUCAUUGCAAAGAGGAGAGAGAGAGAGCCGGCCUCGCCUUUUGCAAAACCGCGGAGCCCGCUCCUGCUAUGAACCCAAGCAGCAGCGACGCCGCGCAGCCCUUCGCGGGCCCCGUGCAAUUUCCUGGAGGCACCACUGUCCUAGUGGAACUUGCUCCUGAUAUCCACAUAUGUGGUCUGUGCAAGCAGCAGUUCAACAAUCUCGACGCAUUUGUUGCUCACAAGAGAAAUAGCUGCCAUCUGACAGGUACAACUUCUGGAGCUACUGGAACAGUACAGUUUGUAGCAGAGGAGACAGUGCCAGCAACACAAACCACAACCAGAACCAUCACUUCGGAGACUCAAACCAUCACAGUUUCUGCGCCUGAGUUUGUUUUUGAGCAUGGCUACCAAACAUACCUUCCUGCUGAGAACAGUGAGCCUCAAACUACUACGGUUGUCACCACUCCACCGAAACCUCGCACCAAAAAAUCCACCGCAUCAACGGCACAGAAAAAACUCAACUGCUGCUAUCCAGGCUGUCAAUUCAAGACAUCUUAUGGUAUGAAAGACAUGGAACGGCAUUUAAGAACACAUACAGGUGACAAGCCCCAUAAAUGUGAAGUUUGCAGCAAGUGCUUCAGCCGCAAGGACAAGUUGAAAAUGCACAUGCGAUCCCACAGCGGAGUGAAGCCCUACAAGUGUAAAGACUGUGACUAUGCAGCUGCUGAGAGCAGCAGCCUCAACAAGCACCAGCGCAUCCAUUCAAAUGAGCGUCCUUUUAAAUGCCAAAUCUGCCCUUAUGCCAGCCGAAACUCCAGCCAGCUCACCGUUCAUCUCAGAUCUCAUACAGGAGAUGCUCCAUUCCAGUGCCGUCUCUGUAGUGCCAAAUUUAAAAUCAAUUCAGAUUUGAAGAGGCACAUGCGCGUACACACUGGGGAGAAGCCCUACAAAUGUGAGUUCUGUGAUGUCCGCUGCGCAAUGAAAGGCAAUUUGAAAUCACACAUCCGCAUCAAGCACAGCAUGGAGAAUGCCUUGCGAUGCCCUGAGUGUGAGUUCCAGUGUGGGAACAAGACCAGCCUCCGGCAACACCUUCGCACCCACCAGCCUGAGCAGGCAGUGAAGUGCCCCGAAUGCAACUACUCCUGUUCCAGUAAGGCCACCCUCAAGGUCCAUGAGAGGAUCCAUUUCAAGGACCGCCCAUUUAAAUGUGAAUUCUGCCCAUUUGACACUAAACAACGGAGCAAUUUGACUACCCAUCUAAAGAAAGCCCAUCGGGAGAAGGUCAAGGUCAAGAAGAAACCAGUUGAUAAGAUGGAAGGAGAUCGGCUGAAGGAAGGCAGCUCCAGGCAAGUCGCCAAGUUGGAGGCCAAGAAAGCAUUCAGAUGUGAUCUCUGUGAGGCCUCAUUUGUCCGAGAGGAUUCCCUGAGGAGCCAUAAGAGGCAACAUGCUGAGUAUAACGGGAACAAUAAUACUGAGCAGCCUGUUCUUCACUUCCAGAUAGACUCUGGUAGUCAGGUUGGUGCUCCUAUUACUGUCAGCCAUCUCCAGGUUCCCCUACAUGCUUCAAGUUAUGAUGAAGGGCAGGUCAAGAUCAUUGUUGGACACCAAAUGCCUCAGGCCAACAGCCUGGUGCAGGCAGCUUCUGUCAGUAUUGUUCCUCCUGCCUUAAUAAGCCAAACUGAAGAAGAUCUCUCCAGUAAUAGCCAACUACAGAUCCUUCAGCAGGUGAACUUGCUUGCUCCACCACUUUCAGCAGGAUCCCAAGUGGAAAGCAUUUCAGUGGACCAGUCAACAGUUCUCCUUGGAGCCCAUGAUCAAGCAGAUGGGAGUGCACCAAGCCAGACUCUGAUCCCUACUAUUCCUGUAGGGAGCCAUGAUGUCUCAGCAAGCCAGGCCUUCAUCAAUGGCACUGGGAUCACCUGCUCAGACUUGGAAGGGCUCAAUGCUUUGAUUCAAGAAGGAGCAGGAGAAGUGACUGUGGUGACCGAUGAGGACCAGAGUAUCUCUGUAUCAACUUCCACUCACCCUCCGCCCAUUUUUUCCUCCUCUUCUCACCCAGAUGUGCCAAAGCAAAGCUACUCCAUCAUUCAAAGUGGAGUCCAUGCAAGUUUGUUAUGUCCUGCAGACUCCAUCCCAGAUUAGUCAAAGAAAAGACAUUUAUUCAAAGCUCUUUGAGCUACAUUACACUUGACUCGGAAAAUGUAUUCUAGUUUAGGCUGCCAAGUUGAACAGGCAAAAGCAGCCAUAUUGACAAAGCCCAAGUCUAAUCUUGUACACUCUGCAUUCCUGGAAAUAAUGCAUAAUGCAUGUCCUCUUACAGAGCACAACACAUGUAUAUAACAAGCUCAGUAAUGUUGCCACUUUCAGGGUUUGGGAGUAUGAUCUGGUUCUCCAGAUUGAGCUAAAGUAUAUUUUUUCCACAACAGUACAAACCCACAAAACCAGUACUUGCAGUUUCACCUAACUGCAUCUGACUAUAUGUUCUCUAGGAAAUUUCUAGUUCUUCCAGGCAAUUAUAUGCCAUGCUUCUACCAUAGAUUUGCCCUGGAAGACCUAGAAAAUUCCUAGAGAUAACUCCAGGAAUUGUCUAGGUCCUCCAGGGCAAGCUCCAGCAAAAUUCAUCCAUUUCAAUAGGUCCUUUAAGGUGACUCUCUGGGAACCUCCAACUGAAGUCAUUCAUUUCAAUUUGCAGUUAUUCACUGUUGUUCCUAUGGUACAUGGAGGAAUAUAUCCCUUAUGGAUAUAGGAGUCAUACUAAUAUAGAUCCUUGGGUGUUCCCAGAUUUUACCCAUUGUUGCUUCUAUGUCCAUUCAUUUCAUUGUUUCUGAGGAAUAUUCACAGUGAUUUCUUGGAUCAUAAAUGAAGUGUUUUGCUGAUGUCCUCAGAUUUGAAAGACAGAUUUUCUCAUUCUUAAAGUUACAGUCUAAAACUGCUAUUUUAUUAUGCACUAUAUUCCAUUAACUUUUUUCAAAAAUUGAAAGAAAGAAUGAAAUAUGAGAAAGAAAAGAAAAGAGGCUUCUUUUUGUUCCAAUAUGUUUCAAAAUUCAAAAGAAAGCUGUUCCAAGGGUAGGAAUAAAUUGUUGUAGCCAGUACUAGAAAAUAGUCUAGGACAGCAAGAAAUGUUAUUUAGAUAUUUUAAAUAAACUGGGGGUGGCAGCAAUAAAUCCAUAACUUCUUAGGUUUGCCCCAUCUGUGGAUUUGGUGCCACUCCGUGGCAAUAGCCUCAUUGCUGAAGGCUCACCUUUACCCUUCAUUAUUUGACAUCACUUCUUUGCUAUGCAGUAAUGUUUUGUACCCCAGUAAUGGUACUAAUUCAUUUUUAGUACUUCCUGCUCUAGUUGGCAGAUUUAGCCUUAAAGAAAUAGUCUUUGAAAGACAUUGCAUUGGAAUGAUCUUAGAGAUUUACAGACAGUUCCAGCUCUGUUGUAUUGUAGAUCCUUCACUUUUGUAAGGGUGAGCAAGAAAAUGCAGGUGCAAAUAAAAAAACUUGUCUUACCUGAGCAAAUAUCUCUUUAUGAGUCUAGAUCCUCCAGCACUACUCUGUGGUCAACUUAUUAGAGAGAAUAUAUUUAUAAAAUUCAUAAAAAAUUAAAUCCCUAAGAGUGAAACCUGAAAAUGUAGAAAGUCAGUUUUAGGAUGGGGGUGAUUGUGAUUCCCAGUAUUAUGUUGGUUGCUCAGUUACACAAUGCAAAUCUCAUGAAUUUUCUGGAAGAAUA